GCCUGUGAUAAAGGAAACUAAGUCACACCCUUAGCUCGGCAGGGCAGCAGGGUCAGUCGUGGCUCUUUUUUAAGGAAGAAACCAGGAGACGUAAAUAGGGAGAAGGCUAUUUCCCGAAUAAGAGAUAAGCCAACAAAGCCAGGGACAUAGGGAACCUAAAUGCCUCGCGUUGUGUGUGUCCUGGGAAUUCUCUGGUUUAUGCAAAACUAGGCAGAAUGGCAACGGAGGAUGAGACGGAUAACCAUAAGGGCGAAGGAGGGCCAGGCUUAGGAGGCAGUGCCGCACAAAGUGAAGAAGGGCAGAAAGACAGAGAAUCGAUAAAUCCAGAUGGUACCAAAGGGAACCGGAAGGAAAUCUCCUCAGGGGAAAGCUCGGGAAAAGCCGGAGGAAGCAGGCAAGGGACUCAGGAGACCAAGGARGGCAGGAAUAAGGAUAGGACAAGCCCCCGGAGUUCAGAGGGAGCUGUGUMAAAGAAAGUAAGGGUCACGGAUGCGAGGCGCAAACUAGCAGAGAUAGAAAAGAGGACCGCAGAGUACAAGGCAAGAUUGAUUGAGGAAAUGAUGACUGGGAACGAAGAAGGCCCUCUGCAGGAGGAGCCGCAGGACGAACGAAAAACCAGCCGAGGAGGAACUGGACAAGGGGAUAAGGGUAGCGACCGUGGGGGAAAACCGAGCAAAAGAAGGAAAGAAAGAAAGAACUCUUCGGGGAUGGAAGCGGAGAAAGCUACAAACCCACCAGCCAUAGAUAGUAGGGCUAGCCGUCUGCCGACUACGCCGGCAGUAACGCGGGGGUUUGAAGGGCUCUGGAGCCUCAGGGAAAGGGUGUUGGGAUGGUUCGACCCGGAAGGAAGUACAAAGACUAGGAAGGGACAGAAGGCCGGCAAGGAAGGUCCGGAUAACAGUAUGGCAGGCGAGGCCAGUAGCUCCGAGGGCGGCCUUAGGAAGAUAGUGUCGUCCCUCGCGCGAACACAAAACAAAAAUCAAGGCUACUUAGCGGACGCUAAGAAAAAGUUGACGUUUGACGGGGCGAACAUCACGGAAUUCCUGAUAGAUUACGAGAAUYUGGCCGCGCUGCUAAAAUGGACCGAAGAAGAAAAAAUGGACCACCUGGGGCAGCAUGUGUCUUUGAGCUUGGGACGGGACAUAAUGGCCAUCGUAGCCGCUAGCCGAUCCURGAAGGAAACCCGGGAUGUGAUGAUGAGAAAGUACCUAGCAGCGGAGAAGAUGGCUACGGAGGCCGACCUAGCGGCAGUCCAGAGGAAAAACUUCUCAACGUACAAUGAUUUCCUACGGGAGUUUACUCUGGUAGCACUAAGGAUCCCGGGAGUAACGGAUCGGAUAAUAAGCAAAUACUUCCUUAGGCAGUUCUCUGAGUUCGACAAAGACAAGAUUCUGUCGGCCUACCAGCAGAUGAGCAAGUUAGUAAAUACCACGGAUGUUGAUUUUAGCACAGUAACGGAUCUGGCUGAAAAGACAGUAGUGACCGAGACAUUGGCCUUGCUUAAGGAAGGGAAGGUCAUAGACCCGAUAGAACAAGCGACAAGGUAAAGAAGGGGAUCGAAAGUCUACAUGAACGGGUGCACGGAGUCGACAACAAGAUUGAAAG